CUACUCCCCCAACCAACUGCCGUAUCCCGACCAACAUGCCCAUGCCCCCAUAUCAUCUCACCUCCAUCGACCCCGGCCUUUGCUUGCCUUGCCUUGCAUCCCCUCCCCAUGUGGCUGCCCACUUUCUCUCUUCACACACUCGCUCCUUCGACACUUCGAAUCGCCCUCCGUUUUCCUCGCUGCUGCUGCUCCACCACUCGCCCGCAAUCCCCCUUCACCACCGCCCCUGCUGCACAUAGAAUGGCCUCCACAUUACCCCGCCUCCCCAUAUUCGAAGCCAUCAAAAAGCAUGACUCCCAGAGCACAGCCGUUGUCCAUGGUCUGUCCGGCCGCACCUUCACCUACGGCGAGCUGGUCAAUGACGUCGCCGCCGCCAAGCAUCAAUUGCAGACGAAUGCUGGGGGGAGGAAUACCGCUGGGGAGAGGAUCUCUUUCCUGGUCGAGAAUGGCUACGACUAUGUAGUGACGCUGCUCUCCAUCUUGGCUUCCCAUGCCAUCGCCGUUCCCUUGUGUACGACUUUCCCCGCCCACGAGCUCCGCUACAUCAUUGAUCAGAGCGAAUCGCUCAUGCUUCUCUCAUCGGAGAAGUUUCAGUCCAAGGCCGAUGACAUUUUGAAGGAAGGCCUCCAGACAAGCCCCAUAAACUACAAACAGCAAAAGAUUAUGAUGGGGAAGACGGACGACUACGUGACCCUGGAACCUCCCAUCAGCGAGAAGGGAGGCAUGAUGCUUUACACAUCAGGCACUACAAACCGUCCGAAAGGCGUUCUACUACCCCAACAAGUGCUCACAGCACAGUCACAAUCGCUUCUACAAGCCUGGGACUACAGUACCAACGACGUGUUGCUGCACGUCCUUCCACUACAUCACAUCCACGGAACCGUUAAUGCACUUCUGACCCCCUUAUUCGCGGGCAGCACCAUUGAAUUCCAAUUCCCUUUUAAUGCAACAGCCGUCUGGGAGCGCUUGGCCGCGCCGUUUCUCCCAAACCCCGAUUCAUCCAAGAAGCCCAUCACAUUCUUGACCGUCGUCCCCACUAUUUACACCCGCCUCCUUGCUUCCCAUACCAGCCUUUCGCCUGAGCUUCAGGCUGCAACCAAGACUGCCCUCAAGCCCUCCAACAUGCGCCUCAACAUUUCCGGAUCCGCCGCCCUCCCUACUCCCGUGAAAUCCGCUUGGACCGACCUCAGCAACGGAAACGUGUUACUAGAGCGUUAUGGCAUGACUGAGGUCGGCAUGGCGCUCUCGUGCGGUCUCUCGUUCGCUGAUCGUGUUGAUGGCUCGGUAGGCUGGCCACUCCCGACAGUGCAAGCGCGCCUCAUGGACACGGAAACCAACCAAAUAAUUCAUGAAGGAGAUGAAAUCGACCCGUCUACAGGCCGCGAACGCCACGGUGAGAUUCAACUUCGUGGUCCUACCAUUUUCCGGGAAUACUGGAAGAACCCCGAGGCCACAUCAAAGGAGUUCGUUGAUGAUAGCGAUGGCCAGGGGAAAUGGUUCAAGACCGGCGAUGUAGCUAUCCGCCGCAACGUUCCCCUCGCCGGGCAGAACAGCGCACAGCAAGAUUGGACAAGGGGCCCUUUAUAUUUCAUCCAAGGCCGCAAAUCCGCCGACAUCAUCAAGACGGGCGGCGAGAAGGUCUCGGCGCUGGAAAUUGAGCGCGAGAUGCUCUCCCUCCCCUACAUCGCGGAAUGCGCCGUCGUCGGUCUACCGUCUGAAGCAUGGGGGCAGAAGGUUGCGGCUGUUGUUGUUCUCUCCGAUCAAGGUAAAUCAGCGGGUAAAGGGGGCAAACCUUGGUCUGCGCUUGAUAUGCGACGUGCGCUCAAGGAGAUUUUGGCAAAUUAUAAGAUUCCACAAGAGAUGAAGGUCGUGGACAGUAUCCCUAGGAAUGCCAUGGGCAAGAUCAAUAAGAAGGCGCUGGUCAAAGAGAUGUGGGGUGAGAAUGUGGAAAAGGUCAAUGGCGGAGAGAGCAACGGGGCAGUGGUGCUGCCUAAUGGUAGCGUUUAA